AUGUCUGACAACGAGCUUGAUGCUGAGCUUCUUGCCCUUGCUGGCGACGACAGCUCCGACGACGAAAGACCGGACAACAGACAGACACAACCCUCGUCUCCCUUCGAACAUGCCGCCUUGUCCUCAGAGCCCGAUCGCUCUCCCCCUCGUCGCUCUCUUGCUCAAAAAUCAAAGUCGCGCUCAUCUGCUGCUGCGCGAAGAAGAAGAAAGGAUGACUCCGAGGAAGAAGGUGAAGCCUCGGCCGCAUCAUCUCCUCGCUCGCUAGGCUCUGCUGCCAUGGACGAAUCCGACUCAGAAGACGGCAUCGACUUCGACCAGGAUGCUCCUCUGUACCCUAUCGAGGGCAAGUUCCGCUCCGAGGCUGAUCGCGCCGAAGUCAUGGCCAUGACCGAAAUCCGUCGAGAAGAAAUCCUUGCCGAACGCGCUGCAGAAGUCGAGAGAAGAGUUCAGGAUUUACAACUCAAGAAGAUCCUUCAACAACGCAAGAGAGAGCAAGCUGGUGCCGAUAAGAGAAAGCGCAAGGCUGCUGCCGCCGACUUGGACGAUGAUGACCAGCGUAAGAGCAGCAGACCAAAGGUCAAGGCCAGUGGGCCUCUGGAAGCUUACAAGAGAGAGCGAGAGAUGAAGGGCCAACAAAGAAACCGUGAGGAUGAUCGCAGAAGAGACCGCUCUCCUUCACGAGACGAUGCCGACUCGGACAGAGACGCCGAAGGUGACAGCGAGGUUGAGUGGGAUGAGAAGCCUCGAGCUGCUGCUGCACGCGACGAAGCCCCUGCGACUUUGCGCGACUUCGAGCGUGCUCGUAUCGGCCGUACCAACUUCGCCAGAGUCUGCUUUUACCCAACUUUCGAGUCCAGCAUUAGGAACUGCUAUGCUCGUGUAAGCAUUGGUGUUAAUCGCGAAACCGGAGCACCACAGUACCGCAUGGCUCAGAUCAAAGGCUUUACCUCUGGCAAGCCCUACCAAAUGGAAGGAUUGAACGGCAAGCCCUUCGUCACCGAUCAAUACGCAGUUGUAGCCCACGGCAAGGCUGAAAAGGAAUGGCCCUUCAUCGCCUGCUCCGACUCAAAUUUCACCGAGCCCGAAUUCGAACGUUUCAAGGCUGCUUUGGCUACCGACUCCUUGCGCCUGCCCUCUAAGAAAGCGCUGGUUUCCAAGCUCGACGACAUUCACGCUCUCCUCGAAUACCAAUGGACCGACGAAGACAUCCAAAGAAAGAUCAACCGCACAAACGCCCUGCAAGCCAAAUUCGCAAACUACGGCCGCGAGAAGAUCGAGAAACGCCGUGAAGAAGCAGCAUCCCGUGGUGAUGAAGCCACAGUCGCCAAAUGCGAUGCAGAACUCGCAGCUCUGGGGUCCGGCAACAGUGCAGCCAAAGCAGCACAAGCCGCCGCCAAUGCAGCAAAGCAAAACGGCAAACUCGCACAACAGGAACGACUCGCCGCGCUCAACCGCGCCAAUCGCAAAGCCAACAGUGAAGACGUGCGUAAAGCACAAUUGGCCGAGAAGCGCAUCAUCCAAAAAGCCAGAGAGGAGGCUGCUGCAAAGGCACGCAGGGAAGCAGAGGCUGCUAAGGAGAAGCUGCUCGCAGUUCCUGAUGACCUCUUCGGCGACGCCAGCGAUAUCAGCAGAACAGGUACACCUGCCAACGGUACUGGUACCAGCACGCCCAUCAACGACAAGCUGAAGAAGACAACACUGGGUGGAUUCAAGAAGAAGCCCAAAGAUGAAGACAUCAUUGCCGAUAUGGAUUUGGGCAUUGACAUUGACAUUUGA